AUUUAGUUUGGAUUAAUGCGUACUGUAGUUGUGAAUGCGAAUGAGGGGGACGGGCGGGAUCCUACUUGGGUGUGGAGCUUCCUUAGCGGAAAAAAACGUAUGUUUUGCUAACAGGAUCCCUGUGAAGAGGUGUUGUUGCCGAUACUCGCCAGAGAAAUAGAUAAGACCUAGAAAAUCAUAAGUCAAGAUACAGAACAAGGCGAGUGUCUGGGAUUAAGAGUUAUCAUUCAGUGUCUACUACUACUGAGGGGUUACGGGCUGAGGAGAAAUGGCAAAUUCAAAAGAGGCAUCUGAAAGAAUUUUGCUUGAACCAUACAAGUAUUUGCUGCAGCUUCCAGGUAAGCAGAUUAGAACAAAGCUUUCUCAAGCCUUUAACCACUGGUUAAACGUUCCAGAUGAUAAAAUACAGGUUAUCAUUGAAGUGACUGAGAUGCUUCACAAUGCCAGUUUACUUAUUGAUGACAUCGAAGACAACUCAAAACUUCGUCGGGGCUUUCCAGUUGCUCAUAGUAUAUAUGGCAUCCCAUCUGUAAUAAAUUCUUCUAACUAUGUUUAUUUCCUUGGUUUGGAGAAAGUCUUAACGUUGAAUCAUCCAAAUGCUGUACAUAUUUUCACACAGCAGUUACUUGAACUCCACAGGGGCCAGGGACUGGAUAUUUAUUGGAGAGAUACUUACACUUGCCCCAGUGAAGAACAGUACAAGGCUAUGGUACUGCAGAAGACAGGAGGACUGUUUGGAUUAGCUGUAGGACUUAUGCAGUUGUUUUCAACCUAUGAUAAAGACUUAAAGCCGCUUCUUAAUACACUUGGAUUAUUUUUUCAAAUUAGAGAUGAUUAUGCCAAUUUAAACUCUAAGGAGUAUAGUGAAAAUAAAAGUUUUUGUGAAGACCUAACAGAAGGAAAGUUUUCAUUUCCCACCAUACAUGCUAUUUGGUCACGUCCUGAAAGUACUCAAGUGCAAAAUAUACUGCGGCAAAGGACAGAGAAUGUAGAUAUCAAAAAAUAUUGUGUUCAUUAUUUGGAAAAGGUUGGCUCUUUUGAAUACACUAGAAAAAAGCUACAAGAAUUAGAAGCUGAAGCAUAUAAACAUGUAGAAUCACUAGGUGGAAACCCUCAACUGGCAUCAUUAAUUGAGCAACUUAGCAAAAUAUAUCAGUGAUGUUUUUUCCUUUUUUAUUGAUUAAAAUCCAGUUUGUUUAUUAAA